UGGCCAAUCCUGUGCGGAGGGGAGGCCUCCUGCUGCACUGUGAUUGGUCAGAGGCGGGCUGUCAGUCGCGGGAGAUGUGUAAGGUGAUUGGUUGGGCACUGUGAGGAGCUGUGAGGGAGGAAAGAUGUCCACCGAUGGUAAGAAGCUGGUCCGCUCCCCCAGCGGGCUCCGCAUGCUGCCCGAGAACCGGGCGUACAGCAGCCCCUUCUGCCUGGAGGAGCCGCAGUGGGUGCCGGAUAAGGAGUGCCCAAGAUGUAUGCAUUGUGAAGCAAAGUUUGACUUUAUUAACAGAAAGCACCACUGCCGUAGAUGUGGUAAAUGUUUCUGUGACAAAUGCUGCAGCAAGAAAGUGCCUCUGCCCCGCAUGUGUUUUGUGGAUCCGGUGCGCCAGUGCGGGGAAUGCUCCAUCAUUUCACAAAAAGAGAUGGAGUUCUACGAUCGACAGCUUAAAGUGCUGAUGAAUGGUGCUACAUUUGAUAUAACCCAGGGAUCUUCGGAGAAGUCUGAAACUGUCAUGUGUCGACUUUCCAACAACCACAGAUAUUUGUUCCUUGACGGAGAGAACCAUUAUGAAAUAGAAGUUGCCCGAAUUUCAGCUGUUCAGAUACUCACCGAAGGGUUUACUCCUGGAGAUAUUCACACAUACACCAGUCUGCUGGAGAGCCAAUGCAUCACAGAAGGAGGAAACAGUCGAGCUACAGGAAUGUCCCUUCAGUAUAAGAGUGCUGACUCAGAUGAUCUCUCACAGAUGAAGUUUACAACAAGUGAAGAUUUUAAUAGUAACAAGAAAACAUCAGCGUCCUGGCUGGCUGCUAUGCACAAGGCUGCAAAGCUCCUGUAUGAAGCCCGUGACCAGUGACAGAAGCAGGAAGAUGAACAGUGCAAAGUUUUAUUUGUAAUUGUCAUAUUUUUGAUGCAAUAUAACAAACCUUCUAUGUUGUUAAUUUACAGUGUAUCUUUCAUUUGCCCACUGCAGGCAGCCAUUGCAGAGACAUGGACUUGGCGCUCUACACUGUGGCUUGUACCGCUGUUGUUAUAUUGCAAAGGUACAUUUUUUGCAAAUGACAGGUUGGAAAAUGUCUGGUGUCAGUGUGGGCAAAUGAUGAGUACACCGGUUCUUUUUAUAACCAGAAUACUUCACUUUAUUUGUGCAAUAUAUAUAUAUAUAGAGUAUAUACAGUUUAAUAAUGCUUCAGUCUUUAGACUCACAAGACUGUGGGGCUCAUUCAGACGACUCCUUACUUAAGACUUAGUGUGGUUAUUGUAUGGCACAAGGAACAUAAAGUUACCUGUACUUGUGGACUUCAAAAUCUCAUUCAUUUAGGAAUCCAGACUACACCCAGAAUAGGUGGGGUGGGUGUUCUGCAUUCUUGACUUUAUGAAUCAUAUUGUUCCAUCCCCAUAGAUCACCGCUUGCAUGUAUUAUAGGAACAGGAAGGUGUCCGUCUCACACAGCUCUUCAGUAAACCAGAUGAGGAGCCAUGUCCUGCUUUUGUUUAAACUGAAGCCAAAGUAUGAAGUUACAAUUGUACCGAAUCAUUUGGUUUCAAUACUAGAUUUAUCCAGCAGGUGUAAACACACCAGUAUCUCCAAGGGAAAACCUUGAAUCAAAGGUGGGGGGACCCUCUUCUAAUACUUGGGGUGUGCACAGGCUGGAUUUUCAGGCUUGCUGGAAAUCCCAUUGGCCAUGCUUUCACCACACUAUUCUAUAAGUAGGGGCCAAACCUUUAUGAAUGUGACAGUACAAAGGAAAAAAUGCAGCAUUCGCUUCAUCAAGCAAGUGUUUACCCAACACAUCUGGUUACAUCUGAUUGGAUGUCGUUGUUGGCAGUGUUACUUUUGUACUAGCGGUCUGCACUGAGCCUCUCAAUAUAUUUUGUUAUUGUUAAAGGUAGCCUUGUUUUCUUACAUGAGUAUGUGACUAGCCUGGAUCAGAGCCAGGAUUGCUGGAAAAUGACUUUUUACACUAGAUCUCAGGUUCUUUCUCUAUCUUUCUUGUAUAAAAGCACUAACCUUUUUUUGGGGGGUGGGGAAAUGCAAAGUAUGACAUAGCUGUUCAUGUAUAAAACCUGGGGGGAUUGGAAAAGUGGAGGUAUUGCCCAUAGUGGCCAAUCACUGCCUUGGGGGGGAAAAAAAGUGCUGGUAUCUGAAUUGUUAGGGGGCAAAAUAAAAACCUCCCUUUCCUGCAGUUUUGGUUAAACCAGGCUGUUUUUUUGUUAUAUUGUUGCCAUAGUGGUGGAUGAGAAAUUUUGCCUGAGUAAUAAUAAUAAAAAAAAAGAAGAAAAUAUGAUCUGUUUCUGCAGUCUGAAAAUCAGUGACUUGGGAAAACUGUCCUAAAGGGCAGAACAGAAUUGUGGAAAAUGCCACACUAUGCUGAUCAUACUGUGCCAGGUUUGUCAUCUUUAUGAUAAAAAAAUAAAAAAUAAAAUACCUGACUGUUGACCCUUCAAAAACAAUUUAUUAGAAUUUUUUGAUGGAUGAACCAGAUAUUGCAGCAACAAAUU